GUGAAGGCUGGAGCCUCAGUCAUUAUCCCAUGUCUGUACGACAAACGAUACAUAAACCAUGUGAAAGGUUUGUGUAAAGGAUUUUAUUGGAAUCACUGCUCUUAUGUAGUUAAAACAAACCAACGAAAUUCUGGAAAGUUUUCAAUCUCUGAUGACAAAAGCCGAAGAAUCUUCACUGUGACAAUUAAAGAUGUGACAUAUAAGGACACUGAUUACUGGUGUGCUGUGGAGAUAGAUGGAGGGCCUGAUGUCAGAGAGUAUUUUCAGCUGUCAGUCACCAGAGGCACACCCACUCUAUAUGUGGAUCGUCAGGAGAUUACAGGAUUUAAAGGAGGUAACAUAACCAUCAGUUGUUACUAUCAUAACUCUGGAGAAUUCAAGUGGUGCAGGCUGGGUGGCUCCUGUGUGACGAUGACAUCUGGAUCAAUAGAUGAAACAACAGUGACCAUCAUUAGGAGGGUCUCCAAUGUUUUCAAUGUGACUAUGAGUGGACUGAGCGCACAGAGCAGCGGCUGGUAUUUGUGUGUCAGUGGAGACCUGCAGAUGCCAGUACAUGUAACUGUCGAUAAGCAACCAACAACCA